AUGCACUACUCCAGCACAUCUUCGCCCAUUUGCGCUCCCAGCCAGCUGCGUCGCGGCACCGACGUGCGCACCCUCCUCCGCUUCCUUGAGUAUGGCAGUCUGCUUGUCCAGCUCAAGCUGGUCCCAAACACGACGUACCAGUUCACCGCUCCCUAUCUUGCUGACAUGAUGCCGCUGUUUGACGCUGCCGACAAUCCCUACCUUGCCUCCAGACUGUACAAGGCCCUGUCGGACGAGACUGCCCAUCACGGCACCGACAUCCAAGAGCAGACUCACAGCGCCAUCUACCACGUGCCCUAUCCCGGUGCCCGCAUGUACGAUCCACGCAUGGCGCCAGACACCCUGAGGCCGUCCAAGUGGACUUCAUUAAGCGAUGACGACGUCUUUCUCAUCCGCCUUCUAGAAGGCUACUUCCUGUACGAGUUCCCUCUGUGGCCUUGCUUCCACAAAGACCACUUCCUCGACGACAUGACUGCUGGACGGUCUGAUUACUGUUCACCACUCCUAGUCAAUGCCGUUAUCAGCGCUGCCUGCCACGGCUUGAGUACGCUUGAGCAGAGGUCUGAGUUUUGGAAUCCCAACACCUGUAGCUAUCGGUGUAUGGCUGAGACCAGACAGCUAUGGGAGCUGGAGCAGUCACAGGCCACUCCCAUCUACCUGGGACAAACAUUCCUGUCGCUCACCAAGCUUCGAUGCAUCAUGAACGACAUAGCCAGAAAGGCUCUUCCAGAGGAUGACGGAGAUAACAACCUUGAUAUUGAGCAAGCCAGUCGUUAUCAUCAUAUGCUGGUUCAAUGGUUCCGUGAUCUUCCAGAGCCGUUACAGCCACAGAAUGCCGCCAUGCCGACACAGCUUCUGCUACACAUGCAGUUCCACAACCUCGUUACCAUGACCUUCCAGUCGUUCCUGGAAAAGGAAAAGUCUCUCAAUUGGCCCAACAAUAGUGGCGCAUUUCAAAGUCCAGGCGACACUCUUUCACCUUAUUUCGCAACAAAAUAUAUCCGGAACAAAGUUGGACCGCUCAAAGAGGUUCACGUAAGGAUCACUCUCUACACCUUGAUUGUCUCCGCCCGACACCACGACCACGAUCAAACGAGCAAGAUGGCGGAAGCUGCUCAGAAGCAAGUACUGACCUCACUCAAAGGUUUCCUCGAAUCAGGCGCCUACUCCGAUCUCACCAUCACUUCUGGUAGUGACACCUUCAACGUCCACAAGGUCAUCGUCUGCGGGCGCGCCGAAUUCUUUGCCCGCACGCUGAAGUUCGCUGAGAGUGAUAUUAUUGAUCUUCCUGAGGAUGAAUCGGCUAUUGUUAAGCUUCUGGUUCAGUACCUCUACGAAGGCGAGUACGAGCCGUUCCUUCCCGACACAGGAUCCACGUUAAACCUAUCAUCAGUAAAGUUCAACUGCGAAGAAUGCAACCCUUCGGUUCCUUCACUACCUUUGCUCAAUGGCAAAGUCGAUCAACUCCUCCUCCACGCCAAGAUGUACGAAUACGCGGACAAAUACGACGUCGUAGGACUCAAAGACCUGGCUAUUGAAAAGUUCAGCCGUUCAUGCAAGCAUUUCUGGGACAAGGACCAGUUCUCCGUCGCCGCUCACCAUGUCUUCUCCACCACCGUCGACACAGACAAGGGCCUCCGCGAUAUCGUCAGUGCCACGAUCAGUGCACACAUGGGACUGGUCAAGAAGCCUGAAGUGAAGGUCCUCAUGACAGAGUUCAACGGCCUUGCUCUGGGUAUUCUGGAAGAGAAGAUCAUCGAGCAUGGCUGGUAG